GGUAGCCUUUGCGACAAGCGAUGGGUGCGGUCAACAGCAAGAGCACCGACGAGGCGUCGCCCGCCAUCAACGGCCAGGUGCUCGACGUCGUCUAUCGGGACGACAGCGAUGAGCUGCACAACGUCAAGGACCUCGGCCACAUCAGGAGGUCGGCCCUGUUCUUCAGCAAGGUCGACUUCCCCGCCCAGAUCCUCCGCAGCCGACUCAACCGCUCACUCCAUCGCAUUCGCCUCACUGACGGCACCCGGCUGGACGCGGUGCUGACGUUCGACGCCCAGACGGUGUCUGAACCUCGUGAGCUGCUGGCGGCCGUGUGGCUGGUGGAAGAGCAGAAGUGGGACGAGGUGGCUGAGGUGCUGCAGUGGGCCAGUGAGUGCGGCUUCUGUCAGCUGCCCCUCAACCUCACCGCAGAUGACAUCAACAGACACGUCAACAAGACGGUAAGGGGCACACACACGGGCGGUGAGAGAUAACAGAGAGGCCUCAUCGUCUCUCUCUCUCUCUCUCUCUCUCUCUCUCCCUCUCUGUCUGUGUGUGAUGUGGUGUAGGCGUAUGGAUCGUUAGCUCGUGUGUUGGCGCAGCUCAUGGUGGUCGGCCGCCACAUCGACUUCGGUGACGGCAGCCGCUUGCAGAUCUGCCGCCAUCCCAAUGGUGAGGUGCGGGCCAUCAAGGACCAGCCCGACUUCGAGCUGGACGUCGACCCGCCCCUCGCUGCCCACCACCAUCUGUAUCAGCAGCACCGACAGCAGCAUGACCCACCAGUGCGGAGCUGCAUCAACUACCGGAGCAACAGCGGCGGAUGGGUGUCGUUCGGUUUCCCGACCAUUGAUGCGUCGGUGUCGUCGUUCGCCAAGCACAAGAUCCUCCGCAACUUCUUCGGGACUCACCAGGCCAAUCGCACAUCGAUACAUCUCAACAGGUAACACACCAAUGACACCAGUGGCGAGAGGGGUGCGUGUUUGAUUGUGUGUCUGUGUCUGUGUGUUUGCUUCAGGUUUGUUGGCGGCGGCCGUCUGGAUGACCUGCUCACCCAGUCGCCCCACACACCAGUCGCCGGAUGCUCCGCCACACUCACCUGCUGGGACGGCUGGCAUGGUCGUCUGCGGUAUCUGGUGCUCACCGACAGCAGCUACGGCUUCGUCGCGUGGAUUACCAUUCAGGAUAUUGGAUACGCGACCGGUCAGGCCGACAGACAGGCAGCUUUGGUCAUUAAAUCUCGUCUGUCUGCCUGCAGUGAUGGUUAGUGUCCUGACGACCGAGGCACCUGUGAGUGAGAGUGGCGCCUUCAAGGACCGCCUCCCUGUGACCACUCAGCUGGCCCGUGUGGCGCUGGGGUCAGGUGUGGCGCCAUUCGUGCUCGACGGACGAGUAGUGCCACAGCAGCAGCAACAGCAGCAGGAUGACAGCGACGAUGACGACGGUACGGCCAGGGAAGAGACGGAAGCAUGUGAGUGAAACCGUGUGUGGUGGAUGGGCCUUCUGUGUGUGUGGUGUAGACGCCAGUGAUGGUGACGAUAUGGCUGACGGCAGCGGAGGUACCAACAAAGGAAGAGAGGCACACACAUCUGGUGGCAAUCCGCAACACACGAGUGUGCGUGUGUGUUUAUUUGACAGGCGAGGACGCCGCAGCUGAGGAGGAGAACGGCGCUGACGACACUGCAUCGCUCGGAUGACCAACCAACACAAAGUACCGGUACGCCACAAAUCGAUUUGUCGGGCCAAUGGAUGGAUGGAUGUCGUGCCCUCUGUGUGGCUGUGUGUGUGUCCAGGAGGUUAUCUGUAGCUGUAGCUGGAUUGCACACAUACCACUGACUCCGUAGCCAGUGGUGGGUGACUCACCGAUGCUGCCAGCGGCUGGCUGUGGAUGGGGGGCGCCUAUGUCUGUGUUGCCGUCUGCAGAGCUGUGUGCGUAUCUGGCCCUCCCUCCCUCACUCUGUACGUGUCGAUUGUAUCUGUCCGUUUUGCUGCGGCUUGCCUGGCUGUGGGUGUGGGUGCCGGGGACAAUGGGGGACUGCCUGCCUGCCUCAAUUCUCAAUCAUUGUGUGGUUGUACAGCCCCCUCUCUCAUUGCG